AUGAGCGAACCAAUCGAUCUUGCUUCUCACUUCGGACAUGUUGGUCCAUUGUACGAUCGGGAAGGAGGAGGAAUGGAUUCGAUGCUCAUGGGACUAUUGGGUACUCCAUCAAUGGCAUUUGAUCGUCAUAUCACUAACGCGGUGAGGAACCAUUUGUUCAUGAGACGUGGGGAGCCGACAAGUGGAUUGGACCUUAUUGUACUGAAUAUUCUGCGAGCACGUGACCAUGGUGUACAGCCUUAUAACGACUUGAGAGAGUACUGCGGUUUGAAAAAGGCUAGAACUUUCGACGAUCUCAAGCACGAGAUGGAUUCUGAGGCCAUAUCGGCUUUGUCGUCAUUGUACGAAUCUGUUGAUGACAUUGAUUUGUUCCCAGGACUUGUCAGUGAGAAGCCUCUGAAGGGAGCACUGUUGGGACCAACAAUGUCCUGUAUACUGGCCGAGCAGUUUGGCCGAUUGAAGAAAUGUGAUCGAUUCUUCUAUGAAAACGAUGGCGUGGCCAAGUUUAGUCCGGCGCAGCUGAGUGAAAUUCGAAAAAUUCGUCUCUCAUCGAUCUUCUGCGCCAACAGUCGAUAUCUGAGAACCAUUCAACCGAAUGUCUUCGACGUGCCGGAUGAUCUAAUAAAUGCUCAAGUGCCAUGCGAAGACGUUCCACAGUUGGAUCUCAGUCACUGGAAAGAUCGGAAGCACUGUGAAAUGAAUGGCCGAACGAUACAAAUGGGUACAUCAUUGCAUGUCACGCCAUGUGUGACGUGCACUUGCACACACGAUGGGGUGGCAUGUCAUCCGGCCACGGUUGAUAGUUGUGUGAAACUCUCGCACAAAUACUUGCUUAGUGAUAUCUCAAAGGACACGUCUUGUAUGAUCCAAUGCUGGCGACGGCUCAUGAAAACAGCCAGAAUGAUUCAGUGA